AUGGAAUAUUUCGAUUUUGAACAAGCAGCUCAGGACGAUGAUGUUGCUUCCAAUUGCCCAGUGAUUGACGUCUCCCUCCUCCCAGCCGAACCACCCCACACAGAACCAGAUAUUCCUCAAAAAGAGGACCCGUCCUCAAAUCUAUAUCCUGUAACUCAACCUGAGGAGCCCUGCGAUCUAUGUCGUUCCCGAGGCCUUAACUGUGUCAUGGCAAAAAGGGGUGUGAUGCAAAAUAACGGUUGCACAUGCUGUAUCUCUUUGUACCGUGAAUGCAGUUUUACUCGCACUAAGCCACAUGAAAAAGGCUUGGAUACAUUACAUGUCGUUUCCGAAGAUAGCUACGUGCCAAUUGGUAGCUUCACGGGAAAGAAGCUUCUAAGAUCCUUUCAUGGUGGUACCUCUAGCACUACGUUUGAAGAAACCGACCCUAACGGUCGAAAAAGUGGCGCCAGAUUCCCGAGGGAAGCUAUUCGAGUACUAAAGACGUGGCUGACGAAUCACGCCAACCAUCCCUAUCCUUCAGACAAGGAAAAGGACGAAUUGAAGUUGAAAACAGGGCUGAAGCGUAGCCAGAUCUGCAAUUGGCUUGCAAAUGCCCGUCGUCGAGGAAAGGUCCGGCCAUUGCUUCGCGAUAUCUCUCCUCCACCUACUGGAGCUCUGGAUAUUCCACGCAAACAACUAGCUCCGGUAGUGGAUAUUUCCGAAUUGACUCCGCUUGAGCGUUGGAAGCAUUCACCCCCUGAACACGAACCUGCAUCAGCCACUGAUAUUAUUCGAGCCAUGGAAAAUGCCCCUUAUGCUCCAGAGCGGAACCUCGCCAGUGGUGGGGAAAGGAAUCCGUCCAGUGCUGGCCGUUUCCUCCCACAUUCUCGAAAAACGGGUUCAAGCACCGACGGUUCUGGUCUCUCCAAUGUAAUCCCUGCCCGAUCUGUGAGUAGUUACAGUUUGGACACAACAAAAUCCAGUAUUUCCGAUAUGUCUUUUGCAUCUGCCUUCUCACAUCGUUCAUCCCGCUCCUCGUUCAACUCCAUGGAUGGUAAAGACCACCGCCGUAGACGUCGCCAUAAAUCUGCAAUCGGGCAAAACUUGUUUCAAAAAGCCCGCGCAGCUCGAAUUUUUCAAUGCACUUUCUGCACUGACUCUUUCGCUACUAAGCAUGAUUGGCAACGCCAUGAAAAGUCAUUGCAUCUUGCCUUGGAAAAAUGGACAUGUACACCUCAGGGGGGUGUGGUCACUAUCGAUGGUGCGGUUGUUUGUGCCUUCUGCAAAAGUCCCAACCCAGACGACGACCAUCUUGAGUCUCAUAAUUUCAAUGCUUGUCAAGAGAAAUCCCUUCAAGAACGGACCUUCUACCGGAAAGACCACCUCAGUCAACAUCUCCGUCUGAUGCAUUCUGUAAAGUUUGGCUCUUGGAUGGAAAGCUGGAGAAGUGCUACUACAGAAAUCCGGUCCCGGUGUGGUUUUUGCUCCGCCAUAUUCAAUACCUGGAAAGAAAGGGUCGAUCAUCUUACGACUCAUUUUAAAGCUGGAACUGAUAUGUCGCAGUGGAAAGGAGACUGGGGUUUUGAGCCCGUCGUUCAACGGCUUGUUGAAAAUGGAAUGCCUCCAUAUCUAAUCGGGGAAGAGCGGAACACACUGGACCCGUGGGUUGCUAAGCCGCCCGCGAAGAAAUCCAGUUAUGAUGUUCUGAGAAAAGAUUCGAAUUUAGGUUCUACUGAGGAAUCAUCUGACAUUCCCGUCCCCGGAGAUGCAAAUUGCUUCCGGCGUCUGGAGAUUGAACUCUCAGCAUAUAUCAAGCGCAAUGUUAGCCAGGGCGUCAUUCCGACAGAUCAGGAUAUCUUAAGCGAAGCGCGACAAAUCGUAUAUGGGAGUGACGACCCGUGGAAUCAGACCUGCGCCGACAAUCCGAUAUGGUUAUCUAUUCUCAAGCGAGACAACGGCCUUUGUGAUCCCCCUGAAGUCCAAAAUAUUCAGUUAGAUGAUUUAGACAUGCAGCCGCCAUUUGCUGCCCCUGGACUGUCCCAGCCGCCUAUGCAUAAACUUUUGACCAGCACAUCAAACCUCAGCAAUGCUGGUGUCAAUAGCUCUGGCUUUCAGAGCCCAGCAUUCUACAGCACUAGUUUCAAUUCUGGAGCUCCGAGUGUCCAUGAUAGCUUUAUGGGUAGCACUGCGGGUAGUGUGGGCGUUAAUUCAGCCGGAUAUCCAAGUGGUGGAUGGCCAGGCUUAACCACUUCCAACACUCUAUCUUCCUCGGCUCCUGUCAGUACAGGUUUGGAUCAGGGAAGUCACUUUGGGUUCUAUGCUCAAUAUCUCCACCAACUCCCAGACAAUGGUCGUGGGAAUCUAGGCGAGAACUUUAACGACAUGCACAUCCAUUCAUUCGAACCUGGAGGCCAUCCAGGAAAUAAUAGUAAAAUAUCCCCUCGUCAAGCGUUCCCGUGUCUGGCACGCAUAUCGCUUCUGGGUCAUUUGAACCCUAUUUCCAGAACAUAUUCGAUUAUCAUUUUGAUAUGA